CUGCUGGCUUUGUGCCAGGCUCUGGAUGUAGGGCUACUACUAAUGGCUAACAAAGAGCAAAGAAUGAGUGUAUCUUCCAGGAGCUACCUAUUGGCAUACAAUCUCAUUCAGACUACUGGAUGGACUUUUAUUCUUAUGAAAGCUGUACAGUAUGUUAUUGAAGGUAACUAUGGAAUAGAAGUAGGAACACCUGGAUUAUAUCUAAAAGUGCAUAAAGAAUUGAAGUUGUUUCAAGGUCUAGCAUGUCUUGAAAUAAUUCACAGUAUUAUUGGUAUUAUACGCUCUAAUGUCGUAUUGACAUUCUUUCAAAUUUAUUCGCGGAAUAUAAUACUUUGGGGAAUCAUUGAUUUUGUACCAGUUUCCUACUUGGAACAGUUUAUAUGGCCACUUGUGGUUCUGCUAGUGUGGUCAAUUUCAGAAGUCAGUCGAUACAUAUACUAUGCUUGCAUGCUUAUUGGCAGCACGCCUUACUUCAUCAUAUAUCUGAGAUACUCACUUUUUAUUGUGCUGUAUCCUGUGGGUGUGUUUAGUGAACAAGUACUUCUUUUUUAUGCAUUGCCUAUCGUUCGUGCUACACAGAGGUGGUCAAUAUUUCUACCUAAUCCUUGGAAUUUUUCUUUUUCUUAUUACUAUUUUGUCAUUAGUGGAAUAAUCCAGUAUCUCAUAGUUUUCCCUCAUUUGUAUGAUCGUAUGAUACAUCAGCGCAUGAAAGUAUUAUGUAAAGAACUAAAGAAGGCUCAAUAAAUUAAAGGAACAUCAUUUUGCAAUAACAUAAUAAUAUAAAUCAAUAGUCAUAUUUCAUUCCAAAUAAAUUUUGUGUUAGCUGUU